AAGAACCAUGUCUAGAUACCUAUCAGUUGAAUGUCUCCUCCCAAACUGCUGUCGUCAGAUUUACCUUUCUAUACCAAAUGUUGCGGGGGUAGCAGACGUUGAUUUUUCUUCAUGCAUCGUUGCGGACAAAGACAGAGGUAUAAGUGAAACAACAGUGUAUUUCAGAGGAAACAAAUCAUCUGCAACAUUUCUAACCAGUCGUUGUUGCGGCGGUGUGAUGAAUGUUUAUUUAGAUUUUCAGAAAAAAUUCCUGUCAGCUGAUCAAGUAUCGAAAUCAAAUACAUCAUCCAAUGCAUUCUUGACGAAAACAGCAAUGUAUGAAGUCACAUCUAAAGGAGAUGUUUCAGAGAUCGGGGACAUGCACUACGGCCAUUGGAGUUUUACUGUUACUGUCAUAAUGAUCUGUAUGGCUCUGUUUUUUGUCAUCUGUGUCGGAUCUCUUCUAUACCUGCGUUAUAGAAAAGCAAAAUUUACAGCUGAUGAAGAGUUUCCAGAUAGUUCUUACAAGUCAGCAAAAGAAGAACCACAGAUGUCAGAAAUAUCAAGGAUGGAAUUAAUAAAUACUGUAAAGGAUAACUAUUUUGUGUUAGAGAAGGGAGAUAAAUUCGACAGUGAUUUAUCAGCAACCAUAAAUUCUACAUUGAACGGUGAUGAAAAAAUGCAAGGCAAUCUUCCUGUAUCGGAAUAUAUGGAUAUCGCAUAUGAAACGACUGAAGUUGAAUAUCGAAAUGUACACGUCUUUGAAUGUGAACCAACACAAGAGUGUGUUUAUAACACUCUACAUCAAAACAUUGUCUUUUCAAGUGAUGCAACAAGUAAUUAUAGUCAUUUCAAUGACUUUAAUAAAGUUUAUAGUCACUUAAAUGUUGAUAGAUGAAUCUAUAUGAUGUGAAAAGUAA